CCAAGAUGAGGGAGGAGGGAGGGGGGAGGAGGGAGAAAACGCGAGGGAGGGAAGGGCGAGGCCGCCCGAGGGCCCCCGGGGAGGCUGCUGGGGAGGCCGAGCCCCGAGCUUCGAUCCUUGCGCCUCGGGCCUCGCGGGGCGAAGGGCCGAGAGCGGGGCCGCAGCCAUCGCGCUUCCACGGGCAGCGCCGAACACCGUAAGGCACGAAGGAGCAGUUCUGGUCGCGGCAAAGGUGGUCCCCAUUUCGACCUCCCUGGCCGUGCCAGGAGCGCCCGAGCGCGCCGAGAGCAGGGGACGCGCAGCAGGCGAGGCGGCGGGCGAGCGGUGAGCGGCGGCGGGCAGGAGCGCACGGCCCGACGAGCGGGCAGCCCCGCGGAGGCGCGGGGAGCACGGGCGCGCUGCCGACGGCGAAGGCGAGGCACCGCAGCGGGGCUCCAGGCCGAGAAGCCCCCCCGUGGGAGCGACGAGCUCUGCGCGCCGCUUCUGCAGCUUGGCCUCGCCAGCAACACGGGUGGCCGUUCGGGCGCUCCCCGCGCUGGGCCCAUGCUAGGCGGCCCCCCAGGGAGGCGCGCAGCCAGGGGGGUGCCGAGCUGCCGAAGACGAGCGAGGAGGGAGAAAGGGCAACCCUCUCCCCAGGAGGGGGGGGGUGAGAGGGGGGAGGGGGUUGGCUGGACUGGCUGUAGCAGCGCACGGCAAAAACACACGUAUUAAAAAACGAGCUCGUCCAACUUUGUUGGGGAGCCAAGGGGCGCAAGUCCCGCACGGAUCCGCCGAUGCCAGCCUCUCGCGGCCAGCGGGGGUGGGAUGUCUAGCCGCUGCUCGUCC